UCUCCAACUCUGUUCCCCCGCAGUGAGCAGUUUAUAGUCUGUGCUGCUGUCGUCUAACAGCAGGGAGACAUUAAAGGGUCAUGCCACUCAAUGUCGUGUUGGACGGCCCGGCCCCCUGGGGGUUUCGGCUGGCAGGAGGGAAGGACUUCAGCCAGCCCCUGACAAUCUCCAGGAUCACUCCGGGCAGUAAGGCCUCCCUUGCCAACUUGUGCGCUGGUGACCUCAUCCUGGCCAUCGAGGGAGUCCCAGCUGCAGACCUGCUGCACUGUGAAGCCCAAAACAAGAUAAAGGAAUCCACCAGUCGGCUCUGUCUGACGGUUGAAAGGAAUCAGACAAGCCUGUGGUCACCCCGUGUGGUGGAGGAGGGUAAAGCUCACCCAUAUAAAAUCAACUUGGAAGCAGAGCAGCAGGAGUUCAAACCUAUUGGCACUGCUCACAAUCGCAAAGCUCAGCCGUUCAUUGCAGCAGCCAACCUCGAUGACAAUCGUCAGGUGGUCAGUACAGCCUACAACACUCCCAUAGGGCUCUACUCCUCAGGCAACAUCCAGGAUGCCAUGGAGGGCCAGAUCCGUGGCAUUGUCCACCCCAAGCCUGAGAGCCCCAGGACUUUAACCAACAUUGAAGAAUCUGAUGUGUACCGGAUGUUACUGAAAGACCAGGAGGAGCCCCAAGAGCCUCGGCAGUCUGGCUCUUUCAAAGCCCUACAGGACUUUAUUGAUAGUGAUGGCACUCGUCCCAUUGUGACCAGGACAGUAAAAGCCCCGACAACCAAACCUACUACACCCACAGGAAACCUGCAGAAACUGCCUGUCUGCGACAAGUGUGGGAAUGGGAUUGUCGGGACAGUGGUAAAAGCACGAGAUAAAUAUCGUCACCCUGGUUGCUUUGUGUGCUCUGACUGCGACGUCAACCUCAAACAGAAAGGCUAUUUCUUCGUGGAGGGUCAGCUGUACUGUGAGACUCAUGCUCGUGCCAGAACAAGACCACCGGAGGGACACGAUCUUAUCACCACUUAUCGUUCUGCAUAAAUUACCAUGUUAUGAGAACAGACACGAACAUACAUACAAAUAAGCUACUGACACGCAUGCAUAUGGAGAAACACUUUGCCAAACACUUCCAGGUUCAAUAUCUGUUUUAUCUUUUGUUUGUGUGCAAUAAUAUUUCAUUAAGAAUAGGCUACACUUUGCUCUAUUUACAUAACACCAUAAUAUUUUGACUUAUAAAUAACCUCUGUGUAUAACAUUGUGCAGGUGAUAAUUGAACAGCUCUAGCACAGCAGUAAUGGCAACAAAACAGACUGAGACAUGCCACUUUCAUCUUGCCAGUUUCUCACAACUUGAUGUCUUUCCAAUAAAGACCUCUGUUCAUAUUGUAAGAUUGCAUCUGUAUGUGGAGUCUCAAGAUGGAAAGCAACACCCAGUGGGUAUUAAUAGAUAACAACUAUAAAAAGCUGAAUAUAAGUAUUAGUAUAGUUAUAAGCACAGAAGAGAAGGGAGAAGAG